AUGUUUCGCUACAUGCCAAAGAAAAUCGGCACCUUCGUUGCUCCAAUGAAGAUGGCCACCAGAACGAGUAUAAUCUCUGUGCACAGAGACACCAAGGAAGACAGCCAGCAGCUCCCCUUUGAGUUCACUGCCGAGAACUUGAAGAGAGCCGACGAGAUCAUCGCCAAAUACCCACCUCAGUACAAAAAAGGUGCUUGCAUGCCAUUGUUGGACUUGGGCCAGCGUCAAUUGGGCUUUACCUCCAUCUCGGUAAUGAACUACGUGGCCAAGAUGUUGGACAUGCCUCCUAUGAGAGUGUAUGAGGUUGCCACCUUCUACACCAUGUACAUGAGACACCCAAUGGGUAAGUACAAUGUGCAAGUGUGCACCACCACACCCUGCCAGUUGUGUGGUUCGGACGAGAUCAUGAAGGCUGUGACAGACUUCUUGAAGAUCAAGCCUGGCCAGACCACUCCAGACAAGUUGUUCACUUUGCAGGAGGUUGAGUGUUUGGGUGCUUGUGUCAACGCUCCUAUGCUUGCCAUUAACGAUGAUUUCCACGAGGAUUUGACUGCCGAGAAGACGGUGGAGAUCUUGCAGACCUUGAAGGACGGCAAGCCAUUGAAACAGAUUGGUCCAGUUUCCGGCAGACACUCUUGCGAGCCAUUUAGUGGUAGAAAUGUGUUGAAGAGUGCUGAACCUAACGACAUCCGUAAGUUCACCAGAUCCGACUUGUAG